UUUUUUUUAAAGUAUUUUUUUCUUCAGAAAAAUGGCGAAAUGUGGAGGCUGUGGGCCGGGGUAUGCAACCCCAAGGGAUGCAUUUUUAUCUAAAAGUAUCGAAAAGAUAGUUUACAUCCCCUGUAUAGUUCUAGACAAAUCUAGACCUGAUUACCUUGUUACAGUAGAUGUAAAUCCAUCCAGUCCUACUUAUUCCCAGGUUAUUUCUCGCCUACAUUUCCCAUAUAUCGGAGAUGAGAUUCAUCACACUGGGUGGAAUGCAUGCAGCUCAUGCUAUGAUAACCCGGAGAGAUCAAGAAGCAGGUUGAUAGUACCUGGACUAGGAUCUGAUAGAAUCUAUGUUGUUGACGUGAAAACUGAUCCGAAAAAUCCAAAACUCGACAAGGUUGUGGAGCCCUGGGAGAUGCAUAAGUUUGGAGUAAGUACUCCCCAUACUACUCACUGCCUAGCUGAUGGAGAUGUUAUGAUUUCAACAUUAGGAGAUGGACCAGAGAAAAAUGGAAAAGGAAGUUUUCUCCUUCUAGAUGGAGAAACUUUUAAACCGAAGGGAACAUACUGUAAGGACGGAGAGACGCUUCCUUUUGGAUAUGAUUACUGGUAUCAACCCUUCCACAAUGUAAUGAUCAGCACUGAAUGGGGGCACCCUAGGUGUUUCUUUGGGGGACUUGACCUGGCCCAUGUUGAAGGAGGUAGCUAUGGAACCCAUCUCAACGUGUUUGAUUGGACCGAGAGAAAACUCAUUCAGAAAAUAGAUUUAGGGAAGGAGGGAGUUAUGCCUCUAGAGAUAAGGUUCCUGCAUGACCCAAAGGCUACCGAGGGGUUUGUAGGCUGCGCCCUGUUUGCCAACGUGUUCCGGUUCUUCAAAACAGCUGAUGGAUCCUGGGACGCUGAGAAGGUUAUUGAUAUACCAAACAAGAAGGUUGAUGGUUGGAUUCUGCCCGAGAUGCCCGGUGUAAUGACCGAUAUUAUCCUAAGUAUGGAUGACAAGUACUUGUAUUUCUCGAACUGGUUACAUGGAGACGUGAGACAAUAUGAUAUUACAGAUACAAGGAAUCCUAAACUUGUUGGACAAAUAUUUCUGGGUGGAUCUAUACUGAAGGGUGGUCCAAUCACAGUAACCCACGACACAGAACUAUCGGUUCAACCAGAGGUAAGAUAUGCCAAAGGUAAACGUAUCUACGGAGCACCUCAGAUGCUUCAGUUGUCCCUGGACGGAACUAGACUCUACGUGACAACAUCGUUAUUUGGUCCGUGGGAUAAACAAUUCUACCCAGAUAUGGUGGAGAAGGGAUCCAUGCUGUUUAAGAUCAAUGUCGACACAAAGAACGGAGGUCUUCAGCUCGACAACGACUUUCUUGUCGACUUCGGAGACGAACCUGACGGUCCUGUACUUGCACAUGAGGUUAGAUAUCCGGGCGGGGACUGUACCAGUGACAUUUAUCUCAACAAUACAUCACAUUUAUCCAAAAUAUAGACAAACUUAUGAAAUGCAGAAAAGCGAAAUUUUCCGAAAAUUAUAUUUUUUCCAAUUUUUUUCAUUUUUUUUUGGUUGAUCACAUAAAUUUUACGAUGUGACCAAUUUUCGAUGUUUGUAUAAUGAAAUGAUGCAGGGUUACCCUCAAAGGAUAAGACUUCAAAGACGACUGUAUACGGAAUUUAUUCCGUAUUAUAUCUUUAAUUCCUGCUAACCUGUGUAGAUUUCAAUUUGUUUCUAUCAUGCAAAAGCAUUUAAAAUAACUUUUAAGAAUGUAACUUGUCAUAUUUAAACAGUUUCUGGUCCUAAUUAAAUUCUCAUCCUUUGUGAGGAACCCUGUUUAAAGCAGUAAUACCAGAAUCAGUCUGAAUUUGUAUCCUUUGUACAAACAUUCGUACAAUUAAUGAACAAUAUUUGAUGAUUUGUCGCGUGUUGAUAUUUUUUAGAAAAAAAUUCAAUCUAUUCCAGGGUUAAAAUAUUAGGCCCGGGUACUCUAUAGCGAGCAGUGAGCACUAUAAAUAGAAUAUUAUACAAUUUAAAAAUUUCGCGAUAAAGUUUUCGAAAUACAAAAGUAAAUUUUCGCGAAAUUUCGCUUUUUUUGCGAAAUUUGUCGUCCGCUGUUAUACACCCUUAUCAAAACACGUCGAACAAUUACUGUAUGGAUGGAUGGUCCUUAGACUCGCUCGUAAAUUGUCGAUUUUGAAUUUUCAAAAGAACACUUUUAUUAAUUGUUUUAUAGUGAAUUUUUCUUCUGUGAAGAAAUUAAAAUUAGUCCAGACUUGAAAAAUAUCUGAGAUAAAAUUGUAUAAAAGUUUUUAAUUUUUAAAUAAUUAAUAUGUAAUGUAAACAUGUAAUCAUCAUAUCAUACUAAUAUUGGAAUAAAAUCUACGUAUAUAAA